AAUGAACAAUAUCUAAGGGUAUUCGCUUUCUAAGCCAUCAACUAAAACCACAUAAGCACCAGGUGGUAAUUCAUCCAUCUCAUUUGUAAUUUUGAAUUAAUAUUCAGGGCUCGGAUGAACCUGCUCCUCAAUAAAAACGAGUCGUAAGAGACCCUAAUGCUAGUAAUUUUACUCUUGGAGGAGACCCUGUUCCUUAAAAAGGAUAGCAAUAAUAGCAAAACUAAUAAUAAUAAUAGGAUUAAGGUUUUUAAUAUUUUGAAUAUUUUUUUAGGGACCCAUACAUCAGUUAAAGUUAAGAAUCCACCUGGAGGUCGUUCAUAAAUAUAAUUCGGAUGAA